CAUAUUGCCUGUAUCCUCCCUUCUGUUUCUCUCAGUCUGAGUGUUGUAGCCCUGCUGUGUGUUCCUCUCUACCCUCUGUUGGAGCACCGAAGGGAGGAGGAGGAGCCACCAGGAAACAGGCGCAUGCACAUACUCACCCAGACACACACUGACAUCUCACAGCAUCACUUCUGCACGCUCACUCUAAGCACCAGCCAGCCAACCAGCCAGGCCCAUUUGGAGCAGGGGAGCCUAACUGUUUCAUCGCCCAACAUGGAUGUACUGAUGAAGGGGUUCUCCAUGGCCAAGGAGGGGGUGGUGGCCGCUGCAGAGAAGACCAAAGCAGGCAUGGAGGAGGCAGCAGCCAAGACCAAGGAAGGGGUAAUGUAUGUAGGGAGUAAGACAAAGGAGGGAGUGGUGUCAUCAGUAAACACAGUGGCCAACAGGACCGUGGAUCAGACCAACAUUGUUGGAGAAACAGCGGUUGCAGGAGCCAACGAUGUGGCGCAGGCGACUGUGGAGGGAGUCGAGAACGUGGCUGCAUCAACUGGGAUGGUCAACCAGGAGGAGCCUUUUUACGAGGGAGAGUACGGAGGAAUGCAGCAGGGAGGAGAAGGAGGAGAGGGGUACUAGUCGUCUUCAGGCCCUCCCGUGCUCUCCAGCUGCCCCUCGCCCCCCUCCCCUUUGCCUCGCUGUACCAGACUCCAGAUGUUCAACAUAUUUUUUUGUGACUUUACGGAACCAAAAUCAACUAAAACAGACUCUUCCGGACGCUGCACCUCGGCCCCUCUCUCCCCACUCAGUCUCCUCACUCCCUGAUGCCCCCCCCCCCCCCCCCCCUCUAAUUUUACGCAGCCUGAAGCUUUUCCUCCACUGCCCGUCGUACCCCCGCCUCAUCUGUGUGUUAGUGCCGUCCUGAUAUGAUCCUGGUGUUGUUGCUCCACUACAUACCGAUGAACCCACAGUAAAAUCUCCCACGCAAACACACACGUUCACAAAAACAAAAAGAAACACACCAUCAUCAGGCACACACAUGAAACACUCACAUACAGUACAUGCCGUAAUGGCACUGACUGGAAUUUGGGCAAAUGAGUGACAGCUUGAGGAAAAUAAAAUUCUGGGUGUGUGAGUACACUUAGACCUCUGCAUUCCACCUGAACAAUAACACACUGUGUGACUGAGGCAGGGCCUGAGAGGGUGCAUGAGCUGCAGUCAGCGUGUCCGUGUGUCAGUGUUAGCUUAUGUAUGCGUGUGCAUGUGUAGCUACUGCUGUUUAAAGCAAAUCUCAGAGGCUCGUGCAGGCAAAUGCGCACUGAGGACUUCAAAGUUACAUGUGAAGUAGUUAGUCACAGUAGACUGCAUGAACAGAUGUGUAGAAUGACUCGUAAUGUGUUGUUAAAUAUAGCGUAGCAGCUGUUCUGUGUAGCUUUGUGUGGCUUAGUGAGUGUUUCUGCUCAGCGUUUAGGUUAUUGCAGUGGAAGCAGUGGACUAUAUUCAUCUGUCAGGGCAGCAACUUGACAUGUGUUCAUGUGAUGAUAUUAUUAUUAUUAUUAUUAUUAUUAUUAUUCAGCAUUAAAAGAGCAUAAUGAAGGUUUGGGUUAAAACUUAGAUCAGCUUUAUGUGUAUUUCUGUGCACAGCUUGAAUUCUGGGAUAUGUGGUAGCUUUAAGGAUACUUUCUAUUUCACACUAUCUGAAUCUGGCUGGACUGAAGCGCCCGCCCCUCAACUGUCUCAGCCAAUCAGAUCAUUCCAUUCUCCUGUCACUCAGUGUUACGCCACCUUACACUGCUAUGCCUGCCCUGCAAAAUUGUGUGCGUCAAUAUGUACUGUAUGUGAGUGUGGCCAUGUGUGUGUUAACACAGAACGGAUUUAGCCAGCAAAAUGUGUGUGUGUGUGUGUUUGUGUCUGGACCUGGUUUGUGUGUUCUUACUUUGAAGCCAAUGGAAACUGAUGACUGCAUGUUGCCUUAUCAAGCAAUUUUACAUUCACACACACAUACGUAUGCAUCACAAUACACAACACGUACCAGACAACACACAAUCACAAAUCCCUCAGCAAAUACACAAACACGAUUCACACACCACGUUUAAGUUGGCAUCAAAGCAGACUCGCUGAUUUUAUAAACAGGACCAAUGAAAUUAAAAAGGUUUUGUUGAAAUCGA